AUGAGUCCGUCCAAGAAACAUAAGCAACAUGACAAUAGAAACAAAGGAGGAUCUAAAAGUAGUAUUCCUCCAUGCAAAACUUGUGGGAAGCUUCAUACUGUAGAAUGUCUAUUGGGGAAGAAGGGAUGCUACAACUGUGGUCAGGAAGGGCAUCCUUACUAUAAGUGCCCUAGUCCCGUGAGGACGUGUUUCAAUUGCUUUACUCCUAGUCACGUCAAAGCCGAAUGUCCGAAGCUAAAACAAAAGGGGCAAAAAGAUGGAAAGAAGGAUGAAAAUCAGAAGGCUCGGGGAAGGAUGUUUCAAAUUACCACGGAGGAGGCUAAGGUUCUACCGAAUGUUGUAUCAGGUAUUUUCUUAGUCAACAUAAUACCCGUAAAUGUGUUGUUCGAUUCCGGUGCUAGUAGAUCUUUUGUGUCAAAUGAACUUACGUGUCAUCCCUCCUUUAGAAAAGAACGAAUGUCUAUACCCUUAGAAGUAGAGGUAGCGGAUAGCAAAAGUUAUGUGUUAUAUGAAAUUUGUAAAAACUGUAAGAUCACCAUAGAAAAUGAAGACUUUGAAAUAGAUCUUAUUCCUAUGGUUUUGGGGGAAUUUAAAGUAGUAGUUGGAAUGGAUUGGUUAUCCCGUUAUCAUGCGGAAAUACGAUGUGAGGCGAAAGUUAUUCAUGUAUUGUCACCUAAUGGGGCUCGAGUAAGUAUUCGUGGGGAAAGAAAAUUAGAGACAAAAUUGUGUACGAUUGUCGAGGCAGUUAAGUACGCAAGAAAUGCGGGCAAGGCGUUUUUGGCCUACGUAGUAGACACAAGACAAAAGACGCCUGAAAUUGGAGAAGUUGAAGUUGUGAACGAGUAUCCGGAUGUGUUUCCGGACGAAUUACCGGAUUACCACCUGAGCGAGAGGUGGAAUUCCAAAUUGAACUAA